AUGGCAGGGAGAAAGCAAAUUUCAUUUCAAGAUAAACUCAACGUCAUCAGCGAUAUUGAUGAUGGAAUGAAGCAGGUUGAUGCAGCUAAGAAAUAUGGAUUAUCUCAAUCUACAGUUGCAACGUUCCUCAAGAAGAGGAAACAUAUUGAAGAUGCUGUGAGAUCAAAUUCAGUUAAUCCCAAGCGAAAACGACUAAAAGUCGCGACUAAUGAAAACAUUGAUGCUGCCGUCCUGAAGUGGUUUCAAGAGAUGAGGGCAACAAAUAUCCCAAUAAAUGGACCCUUAUUAUGUGCACAAGCUAGGAAAUAUGCAGCAAUGUUAGGGAACGAAACUUUUAAAGCUAGCAAUGGUUGGCUAAUGCGUUUUCGAGAUCGCCACGGAAUCACUUUCCAGGAAAUUCACGGAGAGAAAAAAUCUGCUCCGAUGAAUGAGGCAAAUGCCUGGGGACAAGAGAAGAUGAAAGAUAUUCUUCAAAAGUAUGCACCAGAAGACAUUUAUAACGCUGAUGAAGCUGGCAGUUUUUUCAACUCCUCCCUAAUAGAACAUUGGCGUUUAAGGGUAAAAAGUGUCACGGCGGGAAGAAAUCAAAACAAAGAUUGA